AUGAUGUGGAACAGGAACUUUAAUCUAUCCAUUCUGCCUCCACUGUCAGAACUUUAAUCACCUAUCUUGUUCUUAUUGUCACACAAAAAGUCACCACCAUGGAGAUUGUGUAUGUUUAUGUGAAGAGACGCAGUGAGUUUGGGAAGCAAUGCAAUUUCAGCGACCGACAGGCAGAGCUGAGCAUCGACAUACCACCUAAUCCAGAACUUAAUGAACAAUUUAUUGUACGUGAUCCUGUGGACAGAGGAAUUCAGUGUUCCUAUGACAUGUCAGAGCAUGAGGUCAAUACAGAGAGAUUUGAGAUGGAGACCCGAGGAAUUAAUCACUUAGAAGGGGGCUGGCCCAAAGAUGUGAACCCACUAGAGUUGGAGCAGACAAUCCGAUUCCGGAAGAAAGUGGAAAAGGAUGAAAAUUAUAUCAAUGCCAUCCUGCAGCUUGGUUAUGUGAUGGAGCACUGCAUUAAACAGAACAAUGCCAUUGAUAUUUAUGGGGAGUAUUUUGAAGAAGAGGAUGCAGUAGAAGUGUCUGAUGAGGUUCUUUCAGCCAAAACUAUCAACGUUUUCAGGGACCCACAUGAAAUCAAACGUACAGCGAGCCAUCUCUCCUGGCACCCUGAUGCAAACCGUAAGUUAGCUGUGGCGUACUGCUGUCUGGAUUUCCAGCGAGCUGAUGCAAACAUGAGCUAUGAUUCAUUCAUCUGGGACCUGGAAAAUCCUAAUAAACCAGACAUCACCCUGAAGCCAUCUUCUCCCCUUGUAACCUUGGAGUACAACCCCAAAGAUGCACAUGUCCUGAUUGGAGGCUGCUACAAUGGGCAGAUUGCCUGCUGGGACACUAGGAAGGGCAGCCUGGUGGCGGAGCUGUCCACCAUUGAGUUCAGCCACAGGGAUCCUGUCUUUGGUGCCCUCUGGCUGCAGUCGAAGACAGGAACAGAAUGUUUCUCAGCCUCCACUGAUGGACAGGUCAUGUGGUGGGAUAUCCGAAAGAUUAAUGAACCCACAGAGACCCUGAUCAUGGAUAUCUCCAGGAAAGGGAUAUUAGAAAAUGCUCUGGGAGCCAUCACCCUUGAAUUUGAGGCAACUAUGCCAACCAAGUUCAUGGUGGGAACUGAGCAAGGGACCGUGAUCUCCUGCAACCGAAAAGCCAAGACUGCCGCUGAGAAGAUUGUAUGUACCUUCUCUGGGCACCACGGCCCCAUCUAUGCCUUGCAAAGAAACCCUUUCUACCCCAAGAAUUUCCUGACUGUUGGUGACUGGACAGCCCGCAUCUGGUCUGAGGAAAGCAGGGAGUCAUGUAUCAUGUGGACCAAAUACCACAUGGCUUAUUUAACUGAUGGAGCCUGGAGCCCACAGAGACCAGCUGUUUUCUUCACAACUAAAAUGGAUGGAACUUUGGAUAUCUGGGACUUUGUAUUCAAACAAAGUGACCCUGCUCUCAGCCUCAAGGUAUGUGAUGAAUCCCUGUCUUCCCUCAAAGUGCAAGAUAAUGGCUGUUUCCUUGCCUGUGGAUCCCGACUGGGGACAGCAACCCUUCUUGAAGUCUCUGAGGGAUUAUGUACCCUCCAAAGAAAUGAGAAGAAUACCAUGUCAUCAAUCUUUGAACGAGAAACUCGUCGAGAAAAGAUCCUGGAAGCCCGACACAGAGAGAUGCGCCUAAAAGAAAAAGGCAAGUCUGAAGCCAGGGAUGAAGAAGGGGAUGAAGUUAAAGUCAACUGGCCAGAGCUGCUGGCCCAAACUGAGAAGGAGUACUUUGAUAUUAUCAAUGCUGAGAUCAGGAAGAAAGAAGCUGCUCUUAGGAAAUCUGAAGCAAAGAAGAAAGAUUAUGAAGAAGGUAGUGAAGAAGAAGGAGGAGAAACAAUAGGAGGAGAAGAAGAAGAAGAAGAAGAAGAUGAAGAGCAAGGAGAGGAAGCUGAAGAAGAGGCAGCAAAAGAAUAAAAGUGCAACGGAAACCUGGUGACCGUUUUUUUGUAAAAAGUUUCAGAUGAGGAAAUCUACACUGGUGUUUGUUCUAAGAUAAGGAGCCUCAUGGGGGGAGACAUAACAACCUCAUCACUCUGGUGGGUGUGGAAUGUGGAACAGAAUGCAGAGGCCUAUCCAAAGCCCUGGCAUCCCAGACAAGAAUCUACCAGAAAGAUGUCAUCCAUCCACAGCCAGCCGGUCCAGAUGGCUACCCAGCCUCCCCUUAUUUAUUCAUGUACCCAUUUUGUUUUUUUGAUUUCUCUGCCCUCAGGAUCUUUUCUGAGAAACAAACAUAACCAAUAUGUUUUCUACUUGACUGCUGAUUUUUAGUCUUAUAUUCCUGGCUAAUAAUUAUAUAAAUAAAUCAUACUGUUAGAAGAA